AUGUGCGGGGAGCUAGUGGCCAUUUGCAAACUGGACACAGGGGACCAGCAGGUCAUGCAGAAAAAUGUAGAUGCUCUUCUGGAGGGUUUUGGGAACAUACAUACAUUUUUCGCAACAUACAGGACCUUUGCCUCUCCUGGUGAGGUCCUAGAAAUGCUCCUCAGCAGGCAUGGAAAGCUGGAGACCUUGAGCUGCAGAGGAGAUGAAAGUCCAGAUUUCUCAGCGGACUCCAGGGCAGUCCUCGGGAAUCCAAUCAUCUUCUUCUUGAAAACUUGGCUGCACUUUAGCCCUGAAGAUUUCAAAGAGCCACCGAAGUACCACACACUGCAGAAAGUAAUAGCACACCUGAACAAGAACGUCCCUGGCUGUGACAUUGAAAUGGAGGCCAAACACCUCCUCCACCAGUUUCAAAACGAAGCAGAAAAUGAGAGCCAGCCUGGGGACCAUCCCGAGGACCAUCCUGCGGACCAGCCAGGAGACCAGCCCAAGGGCCAGCCCGGGGAACUGCCUGAGGUCCACCCCGGGGAGCAGCCCAAAGGCCAGCCUGGGGAGCAGCCGGAGGACCAACCUGGGGACCAUCCCGAAGACCGACCUUGGGACCUGCCCGAAGUCCAACCCAAGGGCCAGCCUGAAGAGCAGCCCGAGGGCCAGCCUGGGGACCUGCCCGAGGUCCAGCCCGGGGUGCAGCCCGAGGGCCAUCCCGGGGAGCAGCGGGAGGAACAACCUGGGGACCAGCCCAAGGGCCAGCCAGGGGACCUGCACAAGGUCCAGCCCAGGGACCUGCACGAGGUCCAGCCCGAGGGCCAGCCGGAGGACCAACCUGGGGACCAGCCUCAGGGCCAGCCCAGGGACCAGCCUGAGGACCAUUUGGGGGACCGACCUUGGGAUCUGCCCAAGAGCCAACCUGGGGACCUGCCCAGAGUCCAGCCCAAGGGCCAGCCCAGGGACCUGCCCGGGGACCAGCCCAGGAACCUGCCUCAGGAAAAGAACGAAGACGCCUACGUCAUUCACUGCUCAGUGCCGAACAGUCAAGGUGUUGUGUACAAAGGCAUUCUGUUAACGAGCCAAGACACAACUAGAGAUGUGAUCUCAAAAAUUAUGAGAAAAUAUGAUCUGGACAUGGAGGAAGCUGGAAACUACCAACUUGUGCAGGUCAUUUCGGAACACAAAGAGCUAGUCUUCCCACAGGAAGCAAAUGUGCUUUCUUAUAUGAACAGCCAGGGGAACGCAGACAUCAGCCAAAGAAGAAAGCCAGCUUUCCGUGCCUCCCCAUUGUCUGCUGCAGACAAGAAAAAGAGGAGGCGCCUACCUCGCCUCUUUAGAGGCAGCAGGGUCAGACCCGAAUGAGAGCAUCCUGACAAGGAGCUGACACGAAUACCAUUCUCAGGCUGGGGGAGACUGGGAGCCUGU